UGACGGAAAGGCAAGAUGGCGGCCACGGGAGAGGAGGCUGCUGCGAUGGAUAGCAUCUCCAGAGUACCCCCGGCCCAUCCUACCGUCCUCAGCCUGGGAGGGAGCUCCGAAACCCGGGGAGAGCCUGGCGAGACUGCUGCUGACGGCCAGGUUGUGCCCGCUGCGCCCAAGAAGCCUACCAGCAGCAGUGACGGUGGGGUGGAGACUGCAGAGGAGGCUGUAGAACCAGACAUCAAUGAGCUCUGUACAGACAUGUUCGAUAAGAUGGCGGUCUUCCUACAAGGAGAACUCACAGGCACCUGUGAGGACUACCGUCUGCUGGAGAAUAUGAACAAGCUGACCAGUCUGAAGUACAUGGAGAUGAAAGACAUCAGCAUUAAUAUCAGCAGGAACCUGCAGGACCUCAACCUCAAGUACGCCAGCCUCCAGCCCUAUCUAGAGCAGAUAAACCAGAUUGAGGAACAAGUGUCGUCUCUGGAGCAGGCUGCUUAUAAACUGGACACCUACUCCAAGAAGCUUGAGGCCAAGUUCAAGAAACUGGAGAAGCGAUGAUGAAGAGUAAAUAUGGAAGAAGAAUAUAAGGAAAGGAGGAAGAGGGGUUGAUGGAGGAGGCCUGAGGGGGUACUGGUCCUCCUUCUCCCCGUCUGUAGACUAACCCAUUUGAUCUGAGGAAGCAAGACCCACAUCUUUACAACACCAGCCUUAUAUAGAGAGGUGUGAGGUAGCCUGGGGUUGGUUGGAGGGAUAUCCCAGAUGUUAGACCUAGUAUUAUAAUUUUUGUUGGAUCAUUAAAGUUGCUUGUAGAUGGGG